UGGCGGCGGACAUGAGGGAGACUAUGGAGAUGCUGGCGGCUGAAUUUGGGGAUUUGGAUCCGGAAUCGUUGGCGGCACCGGUCCGGGAGGUGGAGGAAAAAUGGAAGCUGCUUCCUGCUUUUCUGAAGGUCAAAGGCCUGGUGAAGCAGCACAUUGACUCAUUCAACUACUUCAUAAAUGUCGAGAUUAAGAAGAUUAUGAAAGCCAAUGAGAAGGUGACCAGUGAUGCUGAUCCUAUGUGGUAUUUAAAAUACCUGAAUAUUUAUGUUGGAGUGCCAGAUGUUGAAGAAAGUUUCAACGUAACCAGACCUGUUGCUCCACAUGAGUGUCGCCUGAGAGAUAUGACUUACUCCGCCCCAAUUACAGUGGACAUUGAAUACACUAGAGGAAGCCAGCGAAUAAUACGCAAUGCGUUACCCAUUGGCAGAAUGCCUAUAAUGUUGCGCAGCUCUAACUGUGUGCUUACUGGGAAGACCCCUGCAGAAUUUGCAAAACUAAAUGAAUGCCCUCUGGACCCAGGUGGCUAUUUCAUUGUUAAAGGUGUUGAAAAAGUAAUUCUUAUCCAGGAACAACUUUCAAAAAACAGAAUAAUUGUGGAUGCAGACAGAAAGGGAACUGUUGGUGCCUCUGUGACCAGCUCUACUCAUGAGAAGAAAAGUAGAACAAACCUAGUUGUGAAGCAAGGGAGGUACUACCUGAGACAUAAUACUCUGUCAGAGGACAUCCCGAUUGCAAUAAUAUUCAAGGCAAUGGGUGUAGAGAGUGAUCAAGAGAUUGUACAGAUGAUUGGUACAGAGGACCCAGUGAUGUCUGCCUUUGCUCCAAGCCUGGAAGAGUGUCAGAAAGCUCAGAUCUUCACCCAGAUGCAGGCAUUAAAGUAUAUUGGAAACAAAGUGCGCAGACAGCGAAUGUGGGGAGGACCGAAAAAAACCAAGAUGGAGGAGGCCCGGGAGUUGCUUGCAUCUACUGUACUUACCCAUGUGCCUGUCAAAGAAUUCAACUUCCGUGCAAAGUGUAUCUAUACUGCUGUGAUGGUACGCAGGGUGAUUCUAGCCCAAGGGGCUAACAAAGUUGAUGACAGAGAUUAUUACGGUAACAAGCGUUUGGAGCUGGCUGGGCAGCUUCUGUCUCUGCUUUUUGAAGAUUUGUUCAAAAAGUUCAAUUCUGAGCUGAAGAAGAUUGCUGACCAGAUAAUUCCCAAGCAGCGGGCAGCCCAGUUUGAUGUUGUGAAGCACAUGCGGCAAGACCAGAUCACUAAUGGCAUGGUUAAUGCCAUAUCAACCGGGAAUUGGUCUCUCAAAAGAUUCAAAAUGGACCGUCAGGGUGUUACUCAGGUGUUGUCUCGUUUGUCUUAUAUUGCUGCCCUGGGUAUGAUGACCAGGAUUUCCUCUCAGUUUGAAAAGACCAGAAAAGUGAGUGGCCCCAGAUCGCUUCAGCCAUCACAAUGGGGGAUGUUGUGCCCAUCAGACACACCUGAAGGAGAGGCUUGCGGUUUGGUGAAAAAUCUGGCUUUGAUGACCCACAUCACAACAGAUAUGGAAGAUAGCCCCAUAAUUAAACUCGCCUUUAAUCUUGGUGUUGAAGAUGUAAAUCUGCUCUGUGGGGAGGAACUGUCAUAUCCAAGUGUGUUCAUUGUAUUUCUCAAUGGUAACAUCUUGGGUGUGAUACACGAUCAUCAGAAACUGGUGAAGACGUUCCGUUUGAUGCGCCGAGCAGGAUACAUCAAUGAAUUUGUUUCUAUCUCUACAAAUCUGACAGAUCGCUGUGUUUAUAUUUCUUCUGAUGGAGGCAGACUUUGCAGGCCCUACAUUAUUGUGAAGAACAGACAACCAGCAGUGACAAAUAAGCAUAUUGAAGAGCUAUCUCAGGGCUACAGGUCCUUUGAAGACUUCCUGCAUGAAGGAUUAGUGGAAUACCUUGAUGUCAAUGAAGAAAAUGAUUGCUAUAUUGCUCUUUAUGAGCAUAUGAUCAACAAAUUUACGACCCACUUGGAAAUUGAGCCAUUUACACUUCUUGGUGUAUGUGCAGGGCUAAUUCCCUACCCUCACCACAAUCAGUCUCCAAGGAACACCUACCAGUGUGCCAUGGGGAAGCAAGCCAUGGGUACUAUAGGCUACAACCAGCGGAAUCGGAUUGACACUCUCAUGUACCUGCUCGCCUAUCCUCAGAAACCCAUGGUGAAAACCAAAUCCAUAGAGCUAAUUGACUUUGAAAAGCUCCCAGCGGGGCAGAAUGCCACAGUGGCUGUGAUGAGCUACAGCGGUUAUGAUAUUGAAGAUGCUCUCGUCCUAAAUAAGGCUUCUUUGGACCGAGGUUUUGGAAGAUGUCUGGUGUAUAAAAAUGCUAAAUGUACACUUAAACGUUAUACAAAUCAGACUUUCGAUAAAGUCAUGGGUCCAAUGCUUGAUGCAGCUACACGGAAGCCAAUUUGGCGGCAUGAAAUUUUAGACGCAGAUGGUAUUUGCUCACCAGGUGAGAAAGUGGAAAACAGACAAGUGCUGGUGAACAAAUCAAUGCCGACAGUUACGCAGACUCCGUUAGAGGGAGCCGCACAAUCUCAACAGCCGCAGUUUCGCGAUGUCCCAAUCACCUACAAAGGAGCAACAGAUUCAUAUAUUGAGAAGGUGAUGAUCUCUUCAAACUCAGAAGACGCAUUUCUAAUUAAAAUUCUGCUGAGACAGACAAGACGUCCCGAGAUUGGUGACAAAUUCAGCAGCCGACACGGCCAGAAAGGUGUCUGUGGUUUGAUUGUGCCUCAGGAAGACAUGCCAUUCUGUGACAGUGGAAUCUGUCCAGACAUCAUCAUGAAUCCUCAUGGUUACCCCUCCCGAAUGACAGUUGGAAAGUUGAUUGAACUAUUGGCAGGGAAGGCUGGUCUCCUGGAUGGCAGGUUCCACUAUGGCACUGCCUUUGGUGGCAGCAAAGUAAAGGAUGUUUGUGAGGAUUUGAUACAUUAUGGUUACAAUUAUCUUGGCAAGGAUUAUGUAACCUCUGGAAUCACUGGUGAGCCAUUGGAAGCAUACAUCUACUUUGGUCCUGUGUACUAUCAGAAGCUGAAACACAUGGUGCUGGAUAAGAUGCAUGCACGAGCGCGAGGUCCCCGGGCCGUCCUCACCAGGCAACCGACUGAAGGACGAUCACGUGAUGGAGGUUUGCGUCUUGGUGAGAUGGAACGCGAUUGCCUGAUUGGUUAUGGAGCCAGCAUGAUGCUGUUGGAGAGGUUAAUGAUCUCCAGUGAUGCUUUUGAAGUGGAUGUCUGUGGACAGUGUGGUCUGCUGGGAUACUCUGGCUGGUGUCAUUAUUGCAAGUCAUCGUGUCAUGUCUCCUCUCUGCGGAUCCCGUAUGCCUGUAAACUAUUAUUUCAGGAACUGCAGUCCAUGAACAUUGUGCCCAGACUGAAGCUGGCCAGGUACAACGAAUGAUCUGUUCUGGAACACGAGGAAAGUGUUUAAGCAGAAAAGCAAGAAUUCUUGCGGCACAGAGACUUUCUCCUGAGCAUCAACUGGCUGGAGAGGAGUGAUUGAAAACUGCGAUAUAUCUGUUUUAUGCUCCCUGUUCAGCUCACGUUGGCAAGGAGAGGAAUUAAUUUGCUGGUGAUUGAUGGGCUGAGACAAUACAGCAAAACUGACUGUAGCUGCCUUCAUAAAGGUCUGGCCGGUUCUCGAACUGAGGGAGCAGAGUUAAUGCAGAGCCUUGUGUUUGUUCACUAAACCACCCGACAUCAUUCACUUAUAACCGCCACAGCUGGGAGUAGCUGAGUGGCAGACAUAGCCUUGAAGAAGAAUUGGUUUAUUUAAUUUAAUUUAAGUUUUGAAAAUAUUGGAAGGUGGCUACUCAUGAUAUUUUAUUCUGUAAGCUGUUAGUGCAUCAAUUAAAAAUUUUAUUUUAAAAA